AUGGUGCUCUCAGCUUUACCGCUCCUCAGCAUCCUCAUUGGCCUCUUGUUAUUCUGGUUCUGGGGCCACCCCAACUCCCAGAGCCACCUGCCGCCUGGUCCCUGGCCUCUACCCUUCCUGGGGAAUAUUUUGCAAAUAGACCACAAAGGUUUUCUCGAAUCCUUCCAGGCACUGCAGGAGAAAUACGGGGACAUCUUCACAAUCUACCUUGGCUCUCGGCCCAUUGUCAUUCUGUGUGGAUAUGAGGCAAUGCGAGAAGCCUUGGUGGAUCAGGGUGAGGCUUUCUCUGGCCGAGGACUCAUCACCAUCACUGACUCCAUCUUCCAGGGAACUGGUGUGUUCUUCACCAGUGGAAAGUCUUGGAAAGUCCUUUGGCAAUUCUGCAUGACCACCAUGAAGGAUUUCGGGAUGGGGAAGCAUAGCAUUGAGGAAAGGAUCAAGGAGGAAGUGCAGUGUUUGGUGAAGGAGCUGCAGAAGUAUCAGGGGGCCUAUCUGGACCCAACUUUCCUCUUUCGGUCCAUCUCGGUCAACAUUGUCUGCUCUAUAAUCUUUGGUGAACGCUUCCACUACCUGGACCCCAAAUUCUUACAGCUGUUAAAUUUACUGAAGGACACCUUCAUUAUUUUCAGCUCUUUCUACGCCCAGGUGUUUGAACUCCUCUCUGGCAUCUUGAAACACUUCCCUGGCCCUCAAAUUCGGAUGUACAGCAACAUUCAAGAGAUGAAAGCCUUGAUUGCUGAGAGCAUAGAGAGGCAUCAGGAAACUCUGGACCCCAGCGCACCCCAGGACUUCAUCGAUGCCUUUCUGAUCUGCAUGGACAAGGCAAGGGCCAGGCUGGACUGGGGUUGUAGUGAGUUCAACUCUACGAAUUUCAUUAAUACUGUGCUCUCGCUGUUCAGUGGCACCGAUACCACCAGCACCACCCUCCUGUAUGGGCUUCUACUCCUUCUUAAGAAUCCUGAUAUCUUAGAAAAAGUCCAGAUGGAGAUUAACAAAGUGAUUGGCCCACACCGUCCUCCAGCCCUUGAAGACCGGGCAAAAAUGCCUUAUACAAGUGCUGUCAUCCAUGAGAUUCAGAGAUACAGUGACCUCACACCCAUUGGACUCCCUCACUGUGUCAUCAGGGACACCCACUUCCGAGGAUAUCAUCUGCCUAAGGAGACUACUGUGUACCCCAUCAUGAGCUCUGUUUUCCAUGACCCGUGCCAUUUUGAAAAGCUGGAUACCUUCUUCCCUGGCCACUUCCUAGAUGCAGAGAGCAACUUCAAGAAGCAAGAAGACUUUAUCCCAUUCUCCAUGGGAAAACGCUUCUGUCUGGGCGAGAGCUUGGCCCGUUCUCAACUCUUCCUCUUCUUCACCACAAUGCUGCAGAAAUUCUCUCUGGGCUGCCCCAAGGCCCCAGAAGACAUCGAUAUCACCCCCCGAAUGAAUGGGCUUGCGAAGAUACCCCCUGUGUAUCAGAUCAGCUUUCUGCCACACUGA